AUUUCCCCACCGGAACUAUGGUGUCGCACUAUUUCUCCAUCAAACUAUUGCCUCGUUUCAUUUCCCCACCAAACGAAAGUUAAAUAUCUAUAUACCCACCAUAUCAAAGUUAAAUAUCUCUUUCCCCACCCGACAAAAAUUAAACAUUCAAAUCCACAUAAAACCAUGUUGAGUUGGUUUAUUAGUUUGGUUAAGACGGGUUACUCAUACCGAAUCUCGACUUAACCGAACUUAAUUAUUUUAACCCGACUUAAACAUCCUAAUCUAUCUAAACCCAAAAAAUCCCCAAAUCAAAAACCCAAGAACCCUAGAACGUGAAAUAGAGAGAGUGGGAUAGAAUUCCUGAGAGAAAACAACAGGAAAUCGAUUGAAUUCGUGUUUACCAUGUCUGUAGUACCUAUAAUCGGCGAAGGAGAGUUCGAAAUUGAUGAUGAAGAAGUUGAGCGAGAAGAGUUUGAACUCGACGAAUUGUUGCGAAAUUUCGUGAGUGAGCCGCCAAUUCAGCAUGACGUCUUGCCUGAGAGUGAUGAAGAUAAUGAGGAAGAAGAAGAUCCUGAAGCCCCACAGAGAAUGAGGACGCAUAUACGCCGUGGUGAUGGGCAUUUGUACCGAGACCAGACAUUCUUCAAUGGUGUGGCUUUCAAAGACAGAGUCCUCGAUUAUGCUCUUUGGACUCGCUGCAAUAUCAGACAAUACAGGUAUGAUAAGGAUAAGCUUGGUUUCGAAUGUGCUGGUCUUGGUGAGAAUGAUGAAGCUUGUGGCUGGAAAAUUUAUGCUUCGAUCCUUCCGAAGGAUAAAAUUUGGAGAGUUAGGUUGUUUGUAGAUAACCACACAUGUGAGGUUAAUGGAGAGUGUGAGAUGGUGAAGGUCCCUGUGAUAGCUAGGUUGUUUGUGAACAAGAUCCGUGAAGAGCCGGCAUACUAUAUGCCUAUGAAGAUCGAGGAAUUGAUCAUGGCAAAUUGGUCUAUUAGUGUGUCUAGGCCUCAGUGUCAAGCUGGUAGGAAUAAAGCUUUGAAGUGGAUUAAGAGUGAACAUGAUCAACAGUUUGCACGCCUUAAAGAUUAUGCUGCCGAGAUAGUAGAAUCAAAUCCUGGUUCUUCUGUUGAAGUAGACACGUUCCAGAAUGAUGAAGGUCAAGAUGUCUUCAAUCGAAUCUAUAUUUGCUUUGACGCCCUAAGGAAUACUUGGAAGGAGAGUUGUAGGCCAUUGAUAGGACUUGAUGGUUGCUUUCUCAAAAGAAGAAUCAAGGGACAGUUAUUGGUUGCUUUAGGUAGAGAUGCAAACAAUGCAAUUUAUCCAAUAGCUUGGGCUGUUGUAAAGGUGGAAAAUAACGAGAAUUGGCAAUGGUUUAUGCAAAAACUGAAGGUUGAUUUGGAUCUAAAGGAUGGUGACAAUUACAUUGCUGUCUCAGACCGUAGCCCGGGAUUGAUCAGAGCUAUUAAGAUAGAGUUGCCUAAGAUGGAGCAUCGGAAGUGUGUAAGACACAUCUACGGGAAUUUGAAGAAGAAACAUGGCAACAAAAAACAGAUGAAGUCUUACAUAUGGAGUGUAGCAUGGAGCUACAAUGAAGCAAAGUAUCAGCAAAACUUGGACAGGUUAAGUUGCUACGAUACAGGUGUGUAUACAGAUGUUAUGGCUACAAAUCCGAGGAGUUGGUGCCGAGCUUUCUUCAAGCUGGGAAAUUACUGCGAAGAUGUGGAGAACAACUCGACAGAGUCCUUUAACAGCUCCAUCAACAAGGCAAGAGAGAAGCCAUUUGUGCAUAUGCUCGAAACAAUAGCAAGACUUGCUAUGGUGCGUAUAGCCACAAGAUCCAGAGAAUCUCAUGAACACCAAGGUAAGUUUUUUUCAAUACUUCUAAUAUCUAAAAAUAUAAAUUCAGUUAACUUAAUUGGCUCUCUCUUUGUCAGGAAAAUGUACACCAUAUGUGCAGAGAGUUCUCGCUAAGGCUCUUGUUGA